AUGGAAAAAUUAAGCAGCGAAACAAUUCGAUCAGUUUGUAGUGGACAAGUUAUAACAUCUCCUUAUUCCAUAGUUAAAGAGUUAGUUGAAAACUCUCUUGAUGCAGGAUCUUCUAUUAUUGAAAUACGACUAGAAGAUAACGGUUUGAGUAAAAUUGAGAUAAGAGACAAUGGCUGCGGUAUUGAAGAACAAAAUCGGUCCUCUGUAGCACUUCCUCAUUUCACAUCAAAACUGAAAGUUUUCUCUGAUAUUUCUGGUGUGAAUACAUAUGGGUUUAGAGGGGAAGCAGUUUCAGCCAUUUGUUCUGUUGCAAAAUUGGCUAUGAUAACUCGACAGUCAUCCGACAAAAUUGCUAAAUCAUACACUGUGAGCUCUGUUGGGGUUCUGACCGAUACAGGAACUUCUCACAACAAUGUUGGCACAACUUUCAUAGUGACUGACCUCUUCAAAAAUUUACCUGUCAGAAAAAAGUUCUAUCAGGGUAAAAAAGGAAAGGAACAGUUGAAUGAGAUUGACAACUUUGUCCGUGGGAUAGCUAUUGCAAAUCCCUCAGUUCGGUUCAUGCUACGACACAACAAACAGUUGGUCUGGCAGCAUGCCAGCUCAAAACAGCUCAAAGACAGCUUAUCCAGUGUGUAUGGAAAUAUUGGUGAUAUGACCAGUAUAUCUUACUGUAGUGAUGGUGAAAGUGGAGUGAAAAUAACUGGUAUGCUGUCAGCCACAGCCAAGUCUGCACGGAAACCUCCAUUUGUAAUAGUUAACAAAAGAUUGGUAAAGUUUAAAGCUUUAUUGAAGUCUCUUAAAAAGCUUUACGAUAAUUCAUUUCCAAAUGGAGCUGUGAUUAUCAGCCUUGAAUCAUCACUUAUCGAUGUUAAUGUCGAAGUAGAUAAAUCCGCUGUUAUUUGUAGAAAUGAAGCUGAAUUGAUUUCAAUUGUUGAAGAUAUUGUCAGAAAGCAAGUCCUUAAUGUGAUAGUCCCUCUUGAAGAAGAGUCGAUGAAUCAGACUCAGGAUUUUUAUGACCGUAACCUGACAUCUCAGUCAACUGUAUCGGUAUCAUCAUCUCCAGAAUCCAAACUAGCAGAUAAAAGUACAAUGGAAACAACAAAUAACUGUGCUCAAGGGUCAUUUCCACUGAAAAUUAGCACUAUUAACAAGAUUUCAGCUUCAGAUAGAAAGAAUGACCAAAAAGGCCAUUUAUUCUGCAGUACUCCUGAAAUUCUUGGUGGGAUAUCAGACUCACAUAACAUUACUGACCUCUCCAGUCCUCCUGAUUAUUCGGAAAAUAAAACUAUACUUGACCUUGAUAAUUCCAAUAGAGUCCCAAACAAACCACCAAUCUAUUCUGAAGAUGAAGAGGAACAGGUCACUUCAGCAGUAAAUCUAUCUAUUUGGUCUGAUUUAGAGAGAGAACUUGAUUCACAAGAAUUAUUUAGUCCAACUUCACUUGAUGAAGAUCAGGAGGUCAAACCAAACUUGAUCACUGGCCCUGGCAUUAUUACGAAUGAAAUUACACCACUUAAAGACACGGAUAGAAAAUCUCAAGUGGUUCCUAAAAAGUUGGACAAUAUCCUUCACAACUCCGAUGGAUGUAAAAGUAAAACUGAAAAUAAGGGCCCAAAACAGUCAUCAAUAUAUUCCUUUAGUCAAGGCAACUCCGAAUUCAAAAUGGAAUUCAUCUCACCCGAACAAAUAAUGAAACAGGCAGCUAAGAAUGUAGCAUGCAAUAAGAAAAGAGAGAAGAGUAUUUCUCCAAACUUGGCUGACAAAAGAAGAAAACUGUCAACCCCUUCACCGAACGGUAAACCUCCUAAACGUAAGUUCAACUGUAACAUGCACUACCUUAAAGAAAAUUUACUGUUCAAGAAAAAGAGUAAUGGAGUUGUUUCUUGCCCUAAAGCAUUGAAGCUCGGCAAAGAGUGGAUAGUGUUGUGGGAGGAUAAGAUCUUUGCUUUUAAUCCAACUAGGGCGCAGGAAGUGAAUCUCUACAGAAAACUCAUGGGAUCUCAUUCCUUAAAAUAUGGACCAUGCCUGCCUACCUCUGAUGAUUCUCUCGAUUUGAGGCCCAGUGAUUUGAAAUUGGAGCUGUAUUCAUUUCUAAUGUCUUGUCCAACAUCAGAAGAUCCCAUGGGAGAGCACUCGUAUGUUAACGAGAAAUCACUGGCUAUUAACGGUAUUCGUAUCAACAAAGUAAAUGAUGGGCUGUUCAAGAUAACUAAUGUUUGUGAUGAUGUACCGGAGUUUGGGAAAGAAGAUGUGAUAGAAACAUUGGAAUUGAUUGUGCGGCAUAAUAACUCAACACGUGAUUCAGAUCUGGCGAUUUGUGACUACAGUUCGGUUCGUUGUGAUAAAAUAUGCCAGUUUCUGAAAGGUAAAGCUGCAAAAGUGAGCAAAGCUUUUGCGACAUUCGAGCCAACCCCAACAGAUGUGAUGGACUUGUUUUCUAACACUCACCAAGCAGAUUCUUGUGUACAUGGAAAUAGUUUAAAAGAAGUUUUGUGGGAAUUUUAGAAAUUAGA